UUUUUUUGUUAUUAAUCAAAUUUCUUUAUUUACCAAAAUUCAAAAAAAAAAAAAAAAUCUUUUGAUCCAAUUGUCAACAAAAUUUCAAGAUCAAUCAUUUAGAUAUUUUGCUCAUUUCAUAAUUGAUAGAUUUGGUACUUUGUUAUGUCUCACUCACGUCGAAUUAAAGAAGAAAAAAUAUCCAAAGUUUCCUCUAACGAGCCAGCGAUGAGUUCAGCUUCUUCAAUAGCCACUGCUUCUUCAUUGUCUCUUUGGAUUCCCAAACCUUCUCCUUCUAAAUUCUCCAAAUGUCAAUUAUGUCCUUCCCUCCCUCCGUUAUCUCCACCUUUUUACCGUGUGGUGUGCCGUCGCGGAUCCCCUCAACACGCUUCUCCCACCGAUCUCAACUUCGCCUUGCAUGAUGCUCUUGAAUCUUCUGGAAUGGACACCUGUCACGCCAGAGAGGCAAGGAAGGGUUUCAUUUCACAAAUUCAAAAAUUAUCUGCUAUCGAGAGAGAAACAAGUAUCAGCAUAAAUAGAUGUCUUGAUCUGGGGAGAACAGCUCUUUACAUAGCAGCAGAGGACGAUUCUCUCAUUUCGCACUCUUCUGUUCCUUUGCCAGUGGAUGCUUUCCUUGAAAGAUUGGAUGAUCUUUCCAUGGGCUACUGCCCUCACUAUAACUCAUCAUGUAGGUCGUCACCGGAGAAUUUUUUGGAGAGCAUAGAGAAAUAUUUAUAUGUCAAAAAGGGCUUCCGAAGAUCUAGUGCCAAUAAUCAAGCUGAGCCGCGAGCCCUUUAUCUUCACUCGGUUUUGACACAUCGUUCAGGUUCUUCUGUACUGCUUUCUCUCUUACAUUCAGAGAUCCUGAAAAUGCUUCGCUUGUGGGGCCUUCUGGAUUUUGAUGUUGAGAUAUUUUUUCCACAUGAUCUUCAUAGUCUUCCUAGAGCCUAUCAUAAGCAAAAAAGCAAAGAGUCUGAUCAGCCACACAUAAUGACCGUACAAAUGCUAUUGGAAAAGAUUUUAAGAAAUUUGAAGGAUGCUCUCUGGCCAUUUCAACAUGAUCAUGCUGACAGUUUAUUUUUAAGGGCAGCACACGCUGCUAACUGUGUAGAUAAAUUUAAUGGCAUUCAAGAGAGCGGCUAUCAGCUUGCAUCCGCAAAGGCUGCUCAACAUAGGCUAGAGCGGGGUGUUUGGACCAGUGUGCGAUUUGGGGAUAUGAGGCGUGCCUUGUCUGCAUGCGAACGUCUUAUUCUUCUAAAAACUGAUCCAAAGGAAAUGAGAGAUUACAGCAUUCUCCUCUACCAUUGUGGAUUAUAUGGGCAGGCUCUGAAAUAUCUCAAGUUGUAUCAAGACACAAAGAGUUCUUCCUCACAAUGUCAGUCAACAAAUUCAAUUAGCAUCCUAGAAGAAGAUGCUGUUCAGAGAUUGCUUUUGCGUCUCAAUCUCAUUGCAAUGGAGGAAGGUUGGACCCAACCAUCUUAUAGCAGAAAUUUUCUUGGCAAUAACUCUGAGCCAUGGUAACGCCUUAGUAUAUAUUCCCAUUGUCCAAAAAUUUAACUUGUCUGAGAUGGAUUAAGAGUUAGUUUAGGGAACAUAAGUUCACAUAGCCACAAAGGUCGUGGGAUCCUUAAAGGGAUCCUAACAUAAGCCUGCAAAGAGCCUAAGACAGAUGGAUCCGACAUUAGAGAUUGCACGUAGGCGUUGGCAUUUGAAUUUUUGGACAUGAUUAGAACAUCAUCAAGUAAUUAAGCUAGUAGAUAUUUGCAUCUGACCUAGGGUUUAACGGAUGGUUAAUUUACUUGAUGAGUUAUUAGGCUCAGUUUUUCUUUAUCCCUGUACACCACCAAAAUUUUUGUUUCCAUAAAUCUUUGUAAAUGACUGUAUCAUUGGAUCCUGUUUGUAUCCUAAGGCGUGUUUAAGGAAGAAUAUGCAGUUGUUUGACCUCUGAUAAAUCAGAAUCAAUAUCAUUGGAAAGGUAAGCUUCUUACUUCCUCAUGAAUUAUUUCACUUCUUAAGAAACUCACUUCUAGAGACACUGGUGGUGAUCUAUUACCCCCCAUCUUUGGCCAGAAACCUAAAUUAAAGUUUACUCGUAGAGCUUGAAUGUAUGCUUCACCUUCUUUUUAUGAGCAAUUAAUGUAGCAUAGUGGCUAAAAGUGUAAACAAGUCAAGCUAUUCGUGAGCUUUUCAGACUCAAUUAAAAAAAAAAAUUUUAAUUUGAUUCAUUCAUUAUCGAGUUCGAACUAAUUUAAUAGAUUAAGCGGGUUUGAAUAGUUUAAUAUCUCGUGAGAAGUGUUGAUGAGUUUAAUUUAGUCUAAUCAAU